CGCACGAGUGUGUCAUUGUCCCGAGAAAGCGGAGUAGCGCGCUUCUUGGCCGUCUCAGCAGAACGACUGGCUCCCUGCGCCUGGACACGCCAGCGCUCCGGGAGUGAUCUUCCCUGGGGACGCCGCCUGCACCGCAGGCGAAGCCCUUGGAGCCGUGUCUGCUGCUGUGAUCUGCCAACGUGCCCUGCCGAAGCCCCGGCUGGUUGCACGUCUUCGUUUAUCCGUGGAUUAUUUCUGGAGUCCGUCUUGUAAAUGUUUAGCAUUUUGCUGAUUUACUGCUUCUUUCUGGGAGCGUUUCCAGCGCUUGCCGAGACCGGCGGAGAGAGGCGACUGAGCCCGGAGAAGAGCGAAAUAUGGGGACCGGGGCUAAAAGCACAUGUCGUCCUUCCCGCCCGCUAUUUCUAUGUUCAGGCGGUGGAUACAUCAGGGAAGAAAUUCACAUCUUCUCCAGGUGAAAAGGUUUUCCAGGUUAAAAUCUCAGCACCAGAUGAGCAGUUCACUAGAGUUGGAGUCCAGGUUUUAGACCGAAAGGAUGGGUCCUUCAUAGUAAGAUAUAGGAUGUAUGCAAGCUACAAAAAUCUGAAGAUAGAAGUUAAAUUCCAAGGUCAACAUGUGGCCAAAUCUCCAUAUAUUUUAAAAGGGCCGGUCUACCAUGAGAAUUGUGACUGUCCUUUGGAAGACAGUGCAGCCUGGCUUCAGGAGAUGAACUGCCCAGAGAACAUUACUCAGAUUCAGAGAGAUCUGGCACACUUCCCUACCGUUGAUCCGGAAAAGAUUGCAACUGAAAUCCCAAAAAGAUUUGGACAGAGGCAGAGCUUGUGUCACUACACCUUGAAGGAUAACAAGGUUUACAUCAAGACUCAUGGUGAACAUGUAGGGUUUAGAAUUUUCAUGGAUGCCAUACUACUUUCUUUGACUAGAAAGGUGAAGAUGCCAGACAUGGAGUUUUUUGUUAAUUUGGGAGACUGGCCUUUAGAAAAAAAGAAGUCCAAUUCAAACAUCCAUCCGAUCUUUUCCUGGUGUGGCUCCACAGAUUCCAGGGAUAUUGUGAUGCCUACCUACGACCUGACUGACUCUGUUCUAGAAACCAUGGGCCGAGUAAGUCUGGAUAUGAUGUCUGUGCAAGCUAACACUGGUCCUCCCUGGGAAAGCAAAAACUCCACAGCUGUCUGGAGAGGGCGAGACAGCCGCAAAGAGAGACUGGAGCUGGUUAAACUCAGUAGAAAACACCCUGACCUCAUAGAUGCUGCUUUCACGAACUUUUUCUUCUUUAAACAUGAUGAAAGCCUUUAUGGUCCCAUUGUGAAACACAUUUCAUUUUUUGAUUUCUUCAAGCAUAAGUAUCAAAUAAACAUUGAUGGCACUGUCGCGGCUUAUCGACUGCCGUAUCUACUGGUCGGCGACAGUGUUGUGCUGAAGCAGGACUCUAUCUACUACGAGCACUUUUACAAUGAGCUGCAGGCCUGGACACACUACAUUCCAGUUAAAAGCAACCUGAGCGAUCUGCUAGAAAAACUUAAAUGGGCAAAAGAUCACGAUGAAGAGGCAAAGAAAAUAGCAAAAGCAGGACAAGAAUUCGCAAGAAAUAAUCUCAUGGGCAAUGACAUAUUCUGUUAUUAUUUCAAACUUUUCCAGGAAUAUGCCAGUUUACAAGUGAGUGAGCCUCAAAUCCGAGAGGGCAUGAAGAGGGUAGAACCACAAACCGAGGACGACCUCUUCCCUUGCACAUGCCACAGGAAAAAGACCAACGAUGAACUCUGAUAUGCAAAAUACCUUCCAUUCAAAUAAUGGUGCUCUGAAGAUGCUUCUUAACUGAAAAGAAGAAUGUUUUUUAAGUAUUAAUUCCAUGGACAAUAUAAAAUCUGCUGUGUGAUUAUUUAGAUUAUGAAGAUAUGUUUCUUCUUAAUAUGCAGUAU